UUUAUGAUUUCGGUUACUAAAGCCCAACGCUAGUUUUUUUUAAUGGGAUUGACCUGAUUAUUCCAAGAAAUAUUCUAUAAGGAUUAGAAUGGGCCAAACAAAACUUUAUGUUUCUGUUCAUAGCCAAGUGGGCCCAAGUAAUAUGUCUUCAAAAUUUUAAAGGAUUAUUUUUAUCCUAAUUCUACCUAAUUAGGAUUUAUGGAUUCUAUAUAUAAAAAGCAAAAAUAAGAAAAAAAAAAAUUUAUUCCGAAAAGUUAUUUUCCAUCUUCUUUUGGUUCGUUGCUUUCGUUAAUCUCGUCGCGCUGCUUUUGCUGUUAUUCUCGCAACACUGCAAAACAUAUGAAGAAAGAGUCUUGCAUUGACGGCUACAAGGGCCACGAAGCAAGGGAUCAUGAAGUGAUCAAUAAUGAUGGGUUGAUGGAACUACCACACGACAUAAUAUUGUCAAUCUUGUUCUUUUGCACUAUGAAGGACGUUGUAAGAACUAGUCUUGUUUCUAAGAAAUGGAAAACACAAUUAUUGUUGCAAGAUUUUCCUUGGCUGAUUUUCGAAGAUCCACUAGCAAUGAAAAAAAUCGAGAUCAAUCCCAAGGUCGCUCGUAAAGAAAGAUCAACGUUUGUGAAGUUCGUCAAUUACGUUGUGGAUCAACAUCAAGGUCCAUCAAUAGAAGAGUUCAAGGUUGUUUUUGAUUUGCGCAUUAGUUGUCAAUCUCAUAUUGAUAAAUGGGUGGUUUUCGCAUUAUCCAAACAAGCUAAAAAACUUGAGUUAGACUUAACUGCACCACUGUUACAAGAUCCAAAGUUGGCAGAGUAUGAGAAAUAUUAUAAUUUUCCACAGAAGUUGCCUGAUUUUAACUUCAAGCAUACUCUUACAUCGUUGUGUCUAAAAGGCGUAAAUCUAACUUCAGAAAUAGUUGAUUUACUCCUUAAUUGUUUCGAGCUCCUCGAAACUCUGAUAAUCGAGCGUUCGCAAGAUUUAGCAUCAGUUUCUUCAUCAUCAAAUUCAAGUGUAUUACAACUGAAACAUUUAGAGGUAUCGUUGUGUUAUAGUAUGAGAUUCAUUGAUAUUUCUGCUCCAAAGCUCUUAUCUUUCACAUAUAUUGGUAAUCCUACGAUAAGGGUGGAUAUAAGAAAUGCAACUUUACUGUCGAAGGUGUCAAUUUACUCGUUCUGGAAGGGAAACAUAUCAUUUGCAUUUGAUAUUCUACCUAAAUACUUCUCGCAACUCGAGUAUAUAUGUUUGAGAAUGUACAUGCAUAGUGAAGAGGUUCCGUUGGGAAAAAUAAAUCACCUACGAUACCCAGCUUUGCCUAAACUCAAGUACAUAAGUUUGGAAAUUCUCGGUAACUCUAAUAAAAAUAGCCUUCUUGGAUGGAUUCCUUUAUUUGAGGCAUGUCCGCGCUUGGAGAAACUAAGAUUGGUGGGUACAUGUGAAGAGGACGACCUUCCUUUUAAAAUGGAAAAUGUGAGCCGUAAUGGACGCGAAUUCAAGUGCUUGAAGACGUUGGAGCUCAUCUCCUAUAAUGGAGAUCAAAACGAGCUACAACUUAUCACUCAUAUUAUUGAGAAGGCUACUAUACUUGAAGAGGUAAUUUUGGCUUGGGAGCCACCAUGCAUGACUCCACCCGAAGUUGUGCUGGAACUAAGGCAAAAGCUACCUCAACGUGUGAAGUUCAUCUUUAUGGAAAGUAACGACGAUUUUUUUAAUAGUUUUGUUUAAUACUUAAUAAUGGUCAAAUAUAUUUAAGCAUAUGGAAUUAGAAGAGUAUAUAUGUACCAUUAGUUCAUACUUCAUAAUGUAGUGUCUUUUGUCUCCCGUAAGUGUUAUGGUGCUUUGGAUGACCAUGUACAGGAUUUACUGUUUCGUUUUCUAUAAUGGGUCUCGUUUUUGGCCUAUUUUGUUUAGGUUUUGUUAAAAGGGUAUUAUAUAUAAUCAUUUUAAUCCUUU